UACAAUUUCACAGUAGCCGCUGACAAAGUGUAUCAAAAUCUGGGUUGUUAACAAUUUCUCCAAAUCAAUUCACUCAACAAAGUGCAAGCGAUGUCUCACACCAUUUUGUUGAUACAUCCAAAGCCAUCGUCGUCGACUCGCACCUACAGUGAAUACGACAGCGUUAAAGAAUGUCUGGAGGCAAUUUGUCAAAUCUACGAAGAGCAUCUGAAGCGACAAAGUCCCAAUGUGCCAACGAUAACGUAUGAUAUAGUAAAAUUGUUCGAUUUCAUCGACUCAUUUGUGGAUAUUGCCUGUGUCGUUUAUCAACGAAGCACUUCAAGCUAUGCGCCUUAUAGCAAAGAAUGGAUCAAGGAUCAAAUCUAUAUUUUAUUUCGCGAAAAAGCAAUGGAUACUGACAAUUAAAGAGUUUUACAAUUUGUUAAUUUUAUGAAUAAAAAUGUUGCAAGUUGUUGGCUAAUUUAUGAGCUUAAUUGUGAAAUGAAA